AUGGCGAUUUCUCGUCCGGAAGGUGACGCUGCGCAGAUGAAGAUGCAGGUCGACGCAAAUCUUAAGGGGGGAGAUUCUACUACUACAACAACCUUGGGUAACAAAACUCCGGCUGGCACACCAGCGCAACCGCAAGAUCAAAAGGCGACCCGCGUUAUUCCUCCGACGGAAUUUGCCGACCCGAAGUCGAACAGCAAGGCGCUGAAAAGUGGAGGUAAAAGUACUAUGCCGGUGUCGUCUACAACUUCACGAGCGGCGUCGAAAAGUCCAACGACGAGCGGUACAACUGGUACCGUUGUGACAACUACUUCGACGAAUGCCGCAGGAGCAGCGAUGCCACCAGGAAGCAAGACACAAAACCUCCCGGUGGAUCAGGAAGAGGAAAAAAAUGGUUUGGAGCAGAUGCAAGCCCUUACCCCCUCGCCCAGCAGCAGCUCGUGGCGGCAGCACCAGCCCAUCAAGGCCGCUGGGAUGUCCCUUGUGCAAGGCGAUCAUGCAGCUACACCUGCUUCUUGCAUCACGCCAGGAGUUGCUUCUACUUCACCGGUCGUUUUCGGUCCCCAAGGCCCCCCUACUUCUCCGAUGACCGGUGAUAUGAACUACCGAAAGGAGAACCAGGAGCUUAUGAAGCGCAUGAACAUCAAUGCGAGCAGUUUCGGGUUAUUUUCCGCGACAACCCGGAAGGCGCAGGUCGAAGAGCACUGGCUCCGAUACCUCUCGGUCGACGACAAAAACCUGCUGUGUUUUCAGGUGGACGACCACGUGACGAGGCUGGCGCAGUGCGUGAAACACAACGAGAACGAGAUGUGCGAUCUGUUGAACCUGCCGAAAAAUCUCUCGCCGGUCUACAACCCGAAGCGGUUUGGCGCUCUAAACGGGGAGCGCAUUGCGAAAAUCCUGGUAAGUUUCUGGUCGGAGGAGGGCGAGCUGGAGCGAAAGCCACUGUUGGGCGUGUUUUUCCGCUACGUGGACAAGAUCGUCCGGUUGCACAAGAUUGUGGGCAGCAGCACAUCAACUGGUGGUUCUUCACUAGGUCAGAAAGCUACUUCUACAACGGAAGCAGCAGCUCCACCGGUCAAGAAGACUGCGUGGGGGGUGAACAACGGUGCGACUGUGACUGUGGAAAAGAAAAAGCAGGCCAAGAUUGUUUUGGACGGGUCCUGGUUAGGCCGGUUAACCUACGAGUUCUUGGCAAAAGGGUAAGUUAGUACGUGCAACUGAUUCUCUUGUUUACUAGAUUUGACGCUGUAUUCAUCGCGCGUUCUUUCCGUAGCAAGAGCAGCAGCAGCAGCAGCAGCAGUGGCACGCCUGCAUGAUCAAAUUAUUUUGCACGAAAAAAAAAAGCACAAAGAACUCUCCAAUACUUUUCAGAUAUGGUGACCUUUUUGAAGUCGCUACCCGGUUCGCUGACCCCCUGGAGCACGAACUAACCAAGCAGAUGUUGAAUCCGGACCGCACCACAUGGACAAUGUACCCAUACGCGGCAGAUCGCAACAACCGCAUCCAGUACGACGAGCAUCUCCGGCCGAUCACAUUUCCGGACAUUUUUCUGGACGAGACAACCAAGCUCAAGACCGCCCUGGAGCGGGCGGAUGACGCGAAACAGGAGGCAAGGCUCAACUUCGCGGGCGGAGAGCCAGAUAGUUCCUCCAGUUGCUCGGGUGAUGAGCAGGAGAACAAAACAGGGACAGCAAAGUCGUCAAGUAAAAAAUCCGCAAAAAAGCAGAAAACCACGUCCACCCCCGACUUGGCUGAUGCGAACGUGGUCAACAGCGGUGAAGAAAAUAAUAAACUCAAAGAGCAAACAACUGCUUCGGGCGAAGACAAAAAGAAAAGCGGCAUUCUCCAGCGCCUGCCUGCCUGGUUGCGCGGAUCGGCUGCUAAGGAAGCCGCAGUGCUAGAACAAAGUGGGACGGCGAUGGAAAAUGUCCAGGAUGUCGACAUGGUGUCCUCGCAAAACGGGCCUGCCACGUCGCAAAUGUUGAAUCUCCCCGACGUGAAGGAGCUCCAAGCCAACGCACUAAAGAUGUUUUCUGUCGAGAAAUUGUGGCAGCAAGACAGCAAUGGCACUGCAACCUCGACGCACAACAGCGACGAGCCACAGACGGCAGGUGGACACCAAUCCGAGAAACACAAUAAAGCAGAUAAUGACAAGAUCCCGGCGACAAGUGCGGACUACCCAGCUCUGACACCCUCAGUUAAAAACUCUAGUACGGUCAGCAAAUCAACAACAGCGGCUGUAGAAGAAGGCCCGACGACCGUGUUUGUGACCAGUUACGGAUUUGCGUAUGCCCCGCCACUGAAGUUGUACGGCAAGCUGGGGUACAUUUCCAAGUUUAUCUCCGAACGGGAGGGCCACGUGGAAAAGGAAUCCAGUUGGUUUUUGGACAAGCUUUUCGAGGUGAAGAAGUCCAAGGCGAUGUACUGGCUCCACAUCGGCACCGCCAGCUACCGCUGGAUGACGCCGGCCUUCGAUCUGCGCGCCGAGCAGAGCGGGUCGGGACACCUGGACCAGACGAACCCUACCCGGCACAAGCCCUUUUCGACCGACCUGCCGCUUUCCGUCGCGGAUUUGCGUUUUUUCAUCGAGGCCGCGGGCUACGAGUUUCUGGAAGACAAUUUGCAGGUUUCGGUGCUGGGACAGAACACGCGGGCCAUCGUGCAGAACGAAAACUCGACCUGGUGCUUUCUGGCCAAGCGGAAAGAUGUGGUGGAGUGA